AUGCUAAAAUAUCAAGUACGGUCAAGGAAACUGUAUAGCAAAUAUCAGGGUAAAACAAGUCGAAGUAGCAGCCUAAGUACGCCAUCACAUUCCUCUGAUAAGCCAUCGUCAUCAUCGUCAUUAGAAGAAACGAUAUAUAUUUGCGAUCGAUCCAAUUCAUUGAGCUCUUUAAGUUCGGUAGAUAGCAGUGAUGCUAGCGAAUGGGGUACAUUGCGUAUCUAUACAGGCAACAUCAAAGAGGACACCGAUUAUAAAACGUUAAAAAUUUCAACCAACCAUACAGUGAAAAAUAUUGUUGACACGAUUUUGGCGAAAUUUCGAAUAUGCAAAGAUCCCAAUUUGUUCGAGAUUAUAAUGGAAGUUUGGACUCGAUAUAAUGGGGAACAGGUGAAAACUCCGCUAUUGUUGUCUCAGGAAGCGCGACCACUUGAAUUGCAACGUUGUCAUCCGGUGCAUAUGUCACGAUUCCUGAUAACAAUGUCCACAAACGGUGUUCUGGUACGGAUAUAUGACUAUUUACUCUCUCCAAAGAGUACGUACAAGUCGUUGUUUAUCUCUCCACGAACAACUUGUUAUGAAGCGAUCAUUAUACUCCUUACAAUGUGUCAACAGCCUGGACCACCAACUGAUUUUCGAUUAUAUCUAUCGGAGACAGGUAAUGAUCUGAAUAUGAACGAUACCUUGGCCGAUCUUUAUUUAGUAUUACCUAAAGAUCAAAGAAUCAUAAUUCGACCUGUCUCCUGA